AUGGCGUCAACUCCAUCCCCGGCCAUCCCUCCCUCCCUCCCUCCCUCCCUCUCACCUGCUCGAGGAGACCACGGGGAGUCCCAGUUUGCUUCGUUGCUCACCCCCAACCUCCCCGUUCUUCCACCGGAAGGCGGCGCGACGAGGACGGUGCGCGAGAUGAGAGCAGCUGGUCCGGCGGGGCUCCCCCGAGCUCUGUUUCUUUUCCUCCUCUCGGCGGCGACUCUGAACUGUUGUCUCCAGGGCCCGGGAGCCCACGGGCAGUCUCUCCCCAGGAGGAACGUGAGUUAUGCCAUCCUCCUCCGCUCUGCUCCUCCUCGCAGUGGGAUCGCCAGGAGCUGCUCUCUCUCUCUCUCUCUCUCUCUCUCUCGCUCUCUCUCUCAAUCUCAACUUCUCUCUCGUCCUCUCAAGCCUGGAGGGUGUGGCGACCAUCGCUCAGCUUUCUCGGGGCAAAAAAUUUCCUCUCUUUGCCCGCAUCGAGUAAGAAAUUCCCUAAGAAAUCUCAAAACUUUCAAAACAUAUUCAGAUACAGAACCAUCUUCGACCUCCAUUCGCAAUAAUGCCGAUAUCAGGAAUUUAUUUUUCCAUUAUUACAAAAAGUAAAACAUUAUUAUAGAUACUAUUUAUUCCCUGUAACUGCAUCUCUCUCUCUCUCCCCUCUGUAUAUAUAUACAAAUAUAUGUAAUUCUAAUAACCGCCGGUGGCAACCGCGCGGGAACGUUCAGUCGAAGCGCUCCAGCAGAUCGCUUUAAAGCUGAAGAUAUUGGAGUGGGACUUCGACAAAGAUCCUUGCACCCAAUGGCCAAAGGAAAGCAGUGACCUCUACGUCCACAAUGUCACCUGCCAGGAAAUCACCACGACCACCACGAACGCGACCACGAAUGCGACCACGAACACCACCGCCUGGCAUGUCGUCAGCAUGUAUACCCCAGCCGCUGUCCCCUCCUGAGUGGCAUUCCCGUUAUCUGGUCUCGUCGAUGUCCGACUAUAGCUGAUUCGUUUUUGUUGGGACGAAAUUGUGCUCAGCGAAAUCAAGGGGGCUAAUAUGACCGGGGUGCUGCCGGAUGAGUUCGGCAGGCUCAGUCACCUAUCCUCGAUGUAAGUUCGCCGUCCAAAUGUCUUGUGUUUCUCCAUUCUUUCUUUCGAAAAUUGAGGAACCAAACCCCGCUCUCAAUUUUUGUAACCUCUGAAUCGGCGGAACUGGACAGUGACCUCUCUCGGAACUACAUCAAAGGCUCCAUACCCGCCGCUAAUUGGACUUCCCUUCCCCUGAAAAUCUUGUAAGUCACCACCAUUCCGAUCCUUCCAUCCCCGUCAACGCAAAGUCGAUUUCUUUAUUCCGCAUUCUAGGAGGUGGCUGAUCUAACCAAGGGCUUUGUUGUUUACCAUUGCAGAAACCUUCUGGCAAACCGUAUCUCAGGUGCGAUUCCUGAGGAGAUAGGCAAGAUUGGAGCGCUUGAAGUCCUGUAAGGACGUUAUAUCCUGUUCGUUGAAGACAUUUUAUCACUAACCGGAAUUAUAUAUUGGUAAUAGAUGUUGAUCGACAUGUUUUAUUCUUAUUGCAUGCUUUAAUUGAAGUUUCCUGGAGAGCAAUAUGCUGCAAGGGCCUCUUCCUCGUACCCUCGGAAGUUUGACCAACUUAAGCAGACUGUAAGCGCAUAGUUUACGGAAGAUUGUUCUCCAUUAAUUGAAUUGUCUCCUUUACGUGAAUCAAAGAGAAGAGAAGAAACUGUAGGUAGAAUCAUCGUAACUUAUGUGACUAGUUAAAGAAAAUAAGUGACACCGGUUUACGCCAUUUCAGCCUUCUUCCCUGCAACAACUUUUCCGGUGAGCUUCCAGAAACACUGGGCAACCUAAGGAACUUGACAGACGUGUACGGUUCCUGCUCUUAUAUUUGUUGGAUUCUAUCAUGAAAUUAGGAACUAUUUUAGAAUUAAUUAUCGGUGCGGGGUAAUGUUUUUCAGUAGGCUAGAUGGAACCGAGAUAUCAGGGAAGAUACCAAGCUUCAUUGGGAACUGGACCAAACUAGACAGACUGUAAGCUCACCUGUCUUUAUGUUUCCUUUCCCAGCGCAGUUUAUCAUCUGAAGAGGAUAUGCUUACUAUAUGGCAUUCUCAUUGGGUAUAGUACAUUUUUCUAAUCUCGCAGUGACAUGCAAGGAACACUUAUGGAGGGUCCAUUUCCACCCGAGUUCUCUUUAUUGCAGAGCAUAACGGAGUUGUGCGUGUGACUCUACUCUUUUCCCGUAAUCAGGGCCGUUGUCUGUGGUAGUUCAGUAUAGUGAUAAUAGAUAUGUUGGCUUUCCUUUUGUAGGAGAGUCUCUGACCUGAAAAAUGCGGGCGGUAGCUUCCCUCCCCUUGAGAAACUGAUAAAUCUGGAACAAUUGUAAGACUGCGAACGGCAUUUAUCCAUCCGCAUUAAUAUACUUUUGACGAUUUGUUGAUUGGUUUUCUGUGUGAACAAUGUCAGGGUCCUCCGAAAUUGCUCAAUUUCUGGCAGCAUCCCGGAUUACAUUGGCACAUUUACUAAACUGCAAACCCUGUACAGCUCCUUGAACCCAAAUGUUUGCAUAAUAUAUGUUGUUUAAAUGGUGAUCAUGUUUGCAUUUGACAGUUUUGAGAUAUUUUAGGCUAAAAGUCAGUUUCUAUGAUGCCCUGAACGAGCGGUGAUAUGCUGCAUCUUUGCAUGGGUUAAGAACAUCUGCAUGUGAUUGGCAUGCUUAUGUUAGGGCUCAGCAGUGUCUUAGGGCACUACCCAGAAUAACUUUGGACUUCCUCCCAUGAUGUAUAUUCUUGAUUUGAAGCCAUCAGUGAGCAUGGAUUUGAGUACAAUCCUCUUUUUCUGGUCUGUUUAUUUCCCAAACGAAGUUUAGGCGUCGAUCUUGGCGCAUAUAUUUGAUCCAGGAACCCUUGUCUGACGAUAGUACGUACAUUGCCAUUGAUGUGGUCCUUCAUAGCGUAGUUGCUAAUUUCUCCUCUUCACCGCAAAUUGUUUCAAAAAAAGGCUGUAGUUGAAAACUUAGAUAUAUCAUAUGCCAGCAAAGAAGUCUGAUGCACAAAUUAUCAGAGGUAUGUAAAUUAAUUCAGAUCUGCACUCCAUUCUGGGGUGGAACGUACGUUAAUAAAUGAGAAUGUGGUCGUUACAAUUUUAGUGGUAUCAACCUUAGCAAUUAUUCCAUGGUAUGUACCUGCAAACAACCCUUAACAGGUUGGGAAUUUUUACUAACCUUAAUAUUAAGAACUAUUCACAGAAAAUGAAUGAUUUUUUUGGUUAAAAUUCUUGCACUCUUUUGGACUGCAAACUAGAACAAUUGUUGAUGUCAUGUUUACUUGCACACUUAUUCUGCAUCAAUGAUUUCAUCCGCUCUUCUGGACUUCAAACUAGAACAAUUUUUGAUGUCAUGUUUACUUUGCACGCUUAUUCUGCAUCAAUGAUUUCAUGCAGCCAUUGCUCAUACUUUUUGAUAAACCUGUGCUGCGGAGAUCUGAGCUUUAAUAAUUUCACGGGUGAAAUACCAGGAAACUUUGAGAAUCUUAGAAGGUUAACAACUAUGUAAGUGACUGUGUUCGCUUUACUCAAUGGUUCAACUAAAUAACCUGCCGAAAAUCAGGACAUCCAUACCUUUUUCUUUGUAUGCAAUAUUUUCGUAAUAAUUUUAUCAUAUUGCACAUUUUUAAUUUUUCAUCAUCAGGUACCUUACAAGCAACAAACUUACGGGAUCAAUACCUGAUUGGAUUAAGAGAGGCAAACAAAAUAUGUACGUUUGUCUUGCUGGAAAUUUCUUAAAUUUCAUGUCCGAAUAAGUUUUUGGUUGCGUAAGAAUCAUCUUCACAAUAUAACGUUAAAAUUUCAGAGAUAUCUCUUACAAUACAUUCACCGAUGUUUCAUCUGCGCCAGAUAACUGUGAGCAAGAAUCAACGUAAGCAUGUUUUUGUCUGGCGGACAUAUGGAAUUGAAUUCUUGUUUUUGGAAGUAAAUAAGGUUUACAUUACUUGCAGGAACUAUGUUGCCAGCUUUUCGUCGACCACAAGUGACUCGUAGGUUUCUGACAUUGUUGAAGUACAUAUUAUAUUAUGGGUAUCUCAGGUGUCCAAAUCAUUAAUUCUCUCCAUUUAACCUUUGCAGGAUAGCGUCAUGUUUAAGAAAGGACCUCCCGUGUGAUGGCACACCUAAAAGUGGGUAUAAAUCUCCUUUCUAGGAACAACUUCUUGACCUUUCAGUUGGAUUUUUUCUUUUGCGGGGUUGGAGUAAAACAACCCUAUGAUUUGAAAGUCUGACUUACGAACAUGACGUUCUCUUGAUUAAUUUUUUAUUUAACUUUUUGGAAUUUCUGCAGACUAUAACCUUUUCAUAAAUUGUGGAGGCGAAAGUGUGACUGUUGACGGCAACGAAUAUGAACGUGACACAUCACCGGAAGGCGCAUAUCCAAGUUUAAGCUUUCUAGCAGCGGAAAGUGGGCUUAUAGCAGUACAGGAAACUUUAUUGGGGGAGGAAGCGACGCAUCAUUUGUAGCAGAAGCUACAUCAUUAUUGACAAUGACCAAUGCAGAAUUGUACAAAACUGCUCGUUUGAAUCCGCUCUCUCUAAAAUACUAUGGUCUAUGCUUGCAGCCAGGAAGUUAUACAGUCCAACUGCACUUUGCUGAAAUAGUUUUCACUUCUGGCCGGACAUUUGUCAACGUUGGAAGGCGUGUGUUCGAUGUAUCAAUCCAGGUCAUUUAGAUUCUUUGGACUUACAAUCUUGAUGAAUGCAUAUAGUUUAUUAUUCCUCUUAUCCUACAGACAUCCAUGAUACUGUUUUCGAUGACUUCCGGACAAUCAUUCCUGAUUAUUUUAUCCCACAAUGUCACCCACGUUGGUCAUUUAGUGUCAUAUCUGCUGAUUCUUAUCUUUGCUUCGUUCAAACAUGCGGCUGUGAAUGAAGACAGGAUACAUGAUAUCAUUUGUUGCAUAGGAGAAAUCAUUUUUGUAACACUUUUCAAUUGUGUAUUGGUAUUCAGCUAUUCCCUUUUCUCUUUUCAUGGGUGUUUGUUUCUGAGUACUUGUGCAUUGUACUAUAGUCUUUGUCUUUCUUCUCAAUCCUCUCGUAAUACCGUCAAUGACUCGUUGGGGGCGAAGGAUACCAUUCAGGCACCGGUUGAAGGCCCGUUCUGUCCUCAACAGCCUCAGGAGCACUGUGACACUCCCAGAACCUCACGAACACAUGGAGAGAUCCAGGGCAGACAGAGGAAAGCGUCUGCAUAGGAAGGUGUCGAAAGGAGGAAGAUCUAAACGGAGAAGGUUCUCCAGGCCUCUCCCUCUAUAAAAGGGGAGAAUUUCGCUCUCCGCAAGACAAGAGAACUGAAGAAGAAGACGGAGACUGCGGAGAGGGUCUAAUAUGCAGGAGAGGGGAAGCUCCGGAGUGAGAAGGGCAGUGCUCAUAGGGAGCUGAGGAGGCUGUGGUGCGACGGCAACAGGAGACAAGUCGGCUGUAGGCUGAUAGAGAGCUGGAAGCCGGUAAUACGAGAAGAGCGAUCCCGUUGGGAUCUUCUCCCUCUUAUGUACGUACUUCUUGAGGUAAUACAAGUACCUUGGUGAACUCCCUCGCAGCAGGUUCUUGGUGAGUUCCGCAGGUGACGUUGAAGGGUGCUCGACGUUGACUGAGCAACGGUCGAGGCCAGUCUCGGGCGAGAAAAAGGCCAGAAACCUAGAGCCACCGGAGCCUAGCACCAAAGAGGGGGCUACACUCCAUUAAAUCGGGCCUCUAAAGGAGAUGGAGAGAGAUAUUUUAUCAAAGAGGUGAAUUUGGGUCUUUCUAGGGUUUUGUUAGGGUUUACUAUAAGACAGAUAUUGGGGCAUAUUGAGCUGUUUUGGACCCAAUACUAUUAAUGGGCUGGAUGUUGGGCGAGUGAGUUUGGGUCAUCGAGGUGUUGAUUCAAGCAUCAGUGCUUGACAGAGACGGCGGCAUCCACAAGUGAGGAUGGUGGUAGCACAGGUGGCAGCCGUUCUUCAGGAGAAUCGGGUGAAGAUGCGAAGGAGUGAUGAUUUUGAUUGUUGGGAUGUGCAGUCUGAAGGUAGUAGGGAUGGUGAGUGAGAACUAAACGGGUAUAUUCAUUUGAUCUGAUUGAAUCUUUUGUCACCAGAACUGCAUUUGUGUAGUUUGGAACUUAGGGUACUUUGAUGUCUUCUAGUUGAGAUUUGGAUCAUCAUCAAAAGAAAUGAAAACACGUAGUAUUGUGUUAGGAUUUUGGAGUCUUAUGCAUGGUACUAGAGUACAUAUAAUGGAACAGUUUGUCUCUUUGUAGCGCUUUAGCUCACUGGCUAUUCAAUGGAGAGGGAGGGUGAACAACGAGGUAAAAAUGAUAUUGGUAUUUCAAUCCAAGGUUAAGUGAUGCUCAAUUGUUUUUUGAGGCUUUGAUGAAGACUCGAGAAUGAUUUUUAGCUAGUGGAAUCAAUUUUUGAUAGGAUUUUAAGAGUGGAUUAGGGUUUAACAGAGGUAUGAGAGAAGGGAUUGUUAGCAUUUUUUAUAGGAAUAAUGUUUAAAUGGCUUUCAUAGAGGUCAAAUUUGAAGUGGGUUGUUUACUAUAAAAUUGAAAUUUGAUUUUGACAGUCACUUAGUGCCGAUCAGUGAUUUGUAUGUGUGAAUGAGGGCAAUAUGUGUCAAACAUUGUUGUGGCUUAUGUGCCUGCCUUUUGUGAGUUGAUAUAAUCUUAGGCUUACUUGAGAAUGGGUUGACUCAUCUUGUAGUGAGUGAGUUGGCUAACUCAUUUAGUUCAUAUUUUUUGUUCACACGCUUCGUUUUUGAAUGAAUGAUAUAAUUUUUAGCUAAAUUUAUCACAUUAGCAUUGUCAAUGAAUUUUGUAAAUACUAUAACUCCAUAAUCCUAUCAACUUAAUUAAAAUAAUUUAGGCACAAUAGUUACCAAUUAAGACAUUAAACUUAAGUUUAGGAUAUAGAAACUAAAUUUUGCUGCUUAGAAAAGAAAGAGAUCAGUGAUCCUUUUUACGAAUAAUCAUGAUCCAAUUGUGAUUUUUCUACCAGUUCAAUGUCUAGUGAAGUUUGAAUUUUAAUUAUCCAAUCAAAUUCAAGUUGUAAUAUUUGUGAUACCAUAUUUCAAGUUGCAUGAUAAAUGACUUACAUGCAUUUCAUACCACUUAUAUGUGGUUCCUUAUGGUAGCCUUGAAAUCAAACACAUAAAAAUAGUAAACAACUUAUUGUGUCAUCAAACAUUUAAAUAUAAUGUAGCACAAAUCAUACCUAUACAAUACAUUAAAUUUAUUAGUUUAAUCCUACGGGUAUGCUUUUGGACUUCAAUCAAUCCAUUUUGAAUUUCUUAAGUAAUUCUUUAGUAUAUUUUUCUUGAGUGAUGAUUUUUUUUAGUGGGUCCACAUCAUUUGAUUGGGUUGACACGAACAUUUUUGAAUUAACACAAACUAGCUCGUCAACACAAAGUAUUAACAUGUGUAGUACAUUAAGAUUUAUAGUGGUAUGAUUUUUAUUAGCUUAAGUCUACUUGCCAAGAGACGGAGGCUGCGGGAGCGACGGGAGCGAGCGCAUCGCGGCUGGCGGUAGGUGGCGGCAGAUGGAGCGAGGGGAGAUGGCGGAAAGAGACGGAGGCUGCGGGAGAAGGCGGAGAGAGAAGGAGGCUGCGGGAGAAGGCGGAGAGAGAAGGAGGCUGCGGGAGAAGGCAGAGAGAGAAGGAGGCUGCGGGAGAAGACGAAGAGAGAAGGAACGAUGGGCGAAAACAGAGGGAAACGUGGAGCGGUUGGAGGGGGCGGAACGGAAGACAGAGCAAUGGGAAACGGCGGAAAAAGGUGGAGGGUUCAGAGGUAUAGAGAGAAGAUUGGUGCUGAUGUUCGUCCUUUGAGCCCUCAGGAUUUUUUCCUCCUCUCGGAUCCUUAUAUUCCGCCAGGAUCAGGCGUUUUUCACUGCAAGAAGGGGAAGAACAAGAGUGCACGCUUCAAAACGACUUACAUCUAUCAGGGUGGAUACCCCGGAUCCUGGAAAAUGCCUUGUCCUGCUAGCUAGCCACUGCUAGAACACGUCCAGAAUAAGGCGGGAAAAGAGAGAGGAAGAGAGUAUUAAUACAGGGGGUAUAAUCACUAAAAUGCCCUCCUAUCAUUUAUCGACUUUUCUCCAUGCCAUUUCUUCCUUUUUUUUUCUGAUUGGUUGAGAGCUCCCAUGACCUGAAUUUCGUGCUUCUCUUUAAGAGGAAAAUUACAAGGGUUAGUGGAUGACGACAAAACGUGGCCCACAUCCCUCUAACUGAUCCUCUGAAGCCCAAAACCAGAACUGAUCCAUUCUGACCCAACGAAUAAGUUUUAAGAUCCCAUGGAGAGCUCCAGGCCACUGGUAGUUAUUCCAUUUAGUUCUUGUAAAUUUCUGUACACAUGGAACCUGAGAAUAUUUAUUAAUAAUAAAAUUACUCGACUUCAUAGAAGUCAAGCAUAGUAAAUCAAAAACAUACAUAAUAUACAUGAAAUGAUAUUCAAAUAAAGUUCAGAAAUAUUCACAUAAUUUAAUUGAUAUCAUGAUAUAUUCAGAAUGUAGAUGGUUAAACUCAUAUCAAAUGCAUAGAAUUGUGGGCGCAUUUAUCAUGUUAUCAGUCACCAUGACAAGACUCAGUCAAUUAAAACUGGUUUCCAAAGAGAAGAUUCAAUGCCGAGCGUUAGAGGACUCCCUGUCUCCCCCUCUCAUACGUCGUCUUUUUCGGAUAGCACGGUGGACUCGGUGGCCUCACUCUCGGACUGGCCAGAGGAAACCUCUUGGUCAUAUUCUUGGAAGUUUCACCGAGUUAAAGCGACGUGGAGACUUCCUCUUAUCUGUGUCCAACAUACGCGGACGGAAUCAUGGCGACGGACGAAGCAAGUCUGGCGACUUGCUGCACGCCACGCCAGACCUAUCGAUUAGGACUGAGACGCUACUUUUUCAAGGGUGGGUGGACUUGUUGGGUUUCACCAGGCUGCGGAGGAUAUCUCUUGAUGUAGAGGGCAAGUAGUGGAAGAGAUGAGGAGGGCGCGCCGCAUUUUUUAAGGCUAGUCCUCCUGGAUUAGACGCAAUGGGACUGCCCGUUUGACGAAGCGAGGGGCUCUGAAGCAGGUCUGAGAGUCUGCAAUGGCCACCUUCUUCUCCGGGGAUAUGGGAGAGGAAAGACCUCCUUCCCUGGUUAAUUGCAGACGAAAUUAAUUGCAGGGUGUUGGACCGAUAAAGUCGAGCUUGGUCUCUACAUUCGCGGCGCUUGCAUCAUCUGUGUCUCGUUUAACCAACAAGAAGAUGAGCACACGGCGUGGUGGCCUUUCUGUGACGUCACUGGUUCUGAAGGUCCAGCAUGUCGCACGACGAUGCUACGAGGUAAACGAUGAUUUGAAUCCUUUUGAUCCCGUGAUCCUCACUCACCAUUUUGGCGAGGCCAGAGAAUCUCUCCCAUACGACUGUGGUGAAAUCGAUGAAGCCGAAAGAAGACGAUGAGCACCAAGUCUAUGGUCAUAAAUUUGCUCUGCGAGCCCAAGGUUUCAAUGGCCUCAGUCGAAGGACGGCAGUGUAGAACACGUCCAUCUUAGAUAGAGACACGCCGCGAGUGCUUCCAGGAGUCGUCGGUCGUCGGUCGUCGGCCGUCGCUACGCGGAAGAUCUCUCUCCGACGACUUACCUCACUCCUCAAGAGGGAACUGGACUACAAAGCCUACGUAGAAACCCCAUCUCUUCCUUCCUGAUCCGCUCGUCCUCCCUUCCGCGGCAACCCACGCGGAGCAGCCAUGACAGGUCGUCCUCCAAGUCCGCCUUGCGGCUGCUACGUCUUCUACCUCCUCUUCCUCCUAGCCCACUCUCUACCCCUCCCUUCUCGAGGUCUUUCUGUGAGACACACCGAGAUCCGGCAGUGCAAAAUCUACGACUUCGGAGACGGCUUACAAAUCAGGUACCCUCUGUGGAUCCAAGAAAAUUCAGUGGAGGACAUUGUCUGUCGGUAUUAUUGUUUACAUGUCGAACACACGGACGGAUACCCAGUCCUCCAACUGGGAAGACACAAGUACAUGGUCGCCAACGUCAGCUACGAAAAGGCCACCAUCAUCACCCUCAAGGCCCUCCGCCAAAGUGAUCACGGCGGCCAGAGCUCAAGAUCCACUGAGGCCAACGAUUUCCCUAAGUUUCAGGUCGAGUGUUUCUCCGUCUCCGCUCUUUGUAACAUCUCCUGCCUUGAGAGAGGCGAGGGGAGGUUCGAAUCCAUGAAACCAUGUCAAGACGGCAACAGCGGCAUCGGCGAGGAGAUGCCGGGUCUGAAAGGAGACACCAGACACCACAGCGUAGCUCCGUCGGUGUCAGACUACAUGGACUUUUGCGUGGAGGAGGAGGGUCUCCAGGUCGUGUGGAGAUCAGCCCCCGAUCUCGACAAGAACUGCAGCCAUUGCGAGAAGGAAAAUGAGAAAUGCCUGUACAACCGGACAGCCCAGCAGUAUCAUUGUAGCUGCUCCACCGGCGAGGGAAAGAACCCGGCUUGCGGAUCCAAGAAAGGUACGCUAACUCUCACACCAUCUCUUCUCGCUCCACGGAUUUACAUAGGUUUUAAGAUUUUAUGGGCAUCCACAGUGCCCAAGAAAAGUCUGAUUUUUAUUUUUCAUAGGAAGUACAGCAGUAGCUGUUCGAGCUAGAUAUAAUCAAGCACUAGAAUAAGGCUGAAUGCUUAGAUUCUUAUGGGUUCGUAGCCCCAUAAAUAGGCAUGCUUUUCGGGCAGCGAGGUCUUCAUUCGUUGGGCCGCUCGGUCGUAUGCUAGGUUUCUGGUCCAUAAGGGCCACAGAUUUGGAAAGGUCCAUACGGGCUGUGCGUGUGGCCCAUCGGGAGGAGAUUUGGCUGGGACUGUGUCCGUUUUGUCCGUCGGGGCUCCUCCUCCUGGCCAGUGUCCGAUCAAAAUCGAAUCUUUGGGCCGGCCUAUGAACGGUUUAGUCCCCACCGGCAUGGCAGCUCACCGUUGACCUGCGGGUCAACGCCAUCAGUCGUCAGCGGAAGAGAAAAUCUAGAAGGUGGCACCACGCUCUGCUGGCCUCCACGUAGUACCCAUUUGCCGAAUACUUUUCCGCCCACAGGAAUCCUGCCCUGGCGGUUUCGUCAACGCAUGGCGUGAAAGACCACGCGAGCCUCUCUGGUUGGGGUGGAUCUUCUCUUAGCUGCCCCGCCGCCAAAGGAGAACAGAAACCAUGGGACCGACCGAGAAGAAGACUCCCUCACCUUCCUUCCCUUUCUCGCGGCCUCCUCUUCUUCCUCCUCCCCAUCCCUAAACUGUUUGGCCGCGGCCCAGCAAGCUGGAGAAGCAACAAUGUCCGGUGCCCGUCUUCAUCCUCCGCGCUCCUCUUCCUCCUCCUGGGCCUUCCCCAUCUUCUUCUUCCUCCUCUCCCAAUCGUCUUCCGGAGCAGACGUCGGCAGCGGGAGCUGCCUCCCCCAUGACUGCGGCGACGGCGUGGAGAUCAAGUACCCUCUAUGGUACAACGACAGCACCGCCAUAUCCAACGCCUCCACAAAUGAGACCAUCUGUGGGCAUCCCGAUUUGGGGAUCCGCUGCCAGGACAACAAACCGUUGCUCCACCUGGGUGGAGACAUCUACCAGGUCGCCGCCGUUGAUUACGAGGAGGGCACCAUCACCCUCAAGGACUUGGACCUGCUGGGUGAUGACUGCCCCCGGGCUAGGCAUAAUCUGACCUUGAGUCCCAACAUCCCGCUGGUUGCUCGAGACGUCAGUUACAUCUUCUUCUUCUUCAACUGCUCCGAGAAACCCAUCUUCCCCUGGUACGAAACUCUUUAUCCCCUCACCUGCCUUGGCGACAAUUCCUACGGCCUCCAGUGGAACAUAUCCGAAACUCCGUGGAACGCAAUUUGGGGUGUUUGGGGUGUUUGCAAUGCAAGUGUGGUGUCGCCGGUGAAGAAACCAGACGAACAACGUUGGAAUCUGACCACAGAUUUUACGAGGAUAGUGCAAACCGGUUUUCCUCUGGCACUGAACUUAUCGGAGGCGGCCAAGUGCCGCGAGUGCCAAGGGAAAAAUUGGACAUGCGGGUACGUUCGCAACAGGACUAUCACAGCUUUCGCGUUCGCCUGCCUCUGCAACAGAGAGGGUGGAACUUGUACAUCUGCAUCAGGUAUGCUUCCAGAUCUCAUCUCGUUUUCACGGAUCCAUAGAUUCGGAUUGCCCGGGUUAUCUCCCUGGGGGGGGGGGGGGGGGGGGCACGCAGAGAAAGACACCAAAAUUCAGAUGGUUCGCGCGCCACCAUUGAGGGGGAGGAUUAGGGUACACGAGACAUGAUGGUGGCAGACGAGACAGGGGGGAGGCGGAAAUCGGCUGGAGGAAAGGUAACGUCUUUGAAGCCGGGUGGGUUGCUUGGAGGCGCCUCUGCUAUCGCAGUGGUUCGCCCAUUAUCAGCAAGGCCAACAACCUCUCCAUCCUAAUCAAGGAUUGGGUCGAUCCUUCGUCUUGGUCGUAACAGUGACGGCAAAAGCAACGCGAUCAGACGAGGUAAGACGGACCGUUUCUCUCAUGCCGUCGCUGUCGACCACUAACCCACUUCUUUAGCGAGAGAGAGAGAGAGAGAGAGAGAGAGAGAGAGAGAGAAUUUAUCUUGACUUCUCUCUCUCUCUACCUCUGCAUCUAAAGGUAGGAUUUUCAAGGGUGCGCGUCACUGUGGGGCUUUUAAACUGAGGGGAUUUCGGUUUGAUUAUUCAUAAAGAAUUGCCGGAGAUGGCUCGGAGAAGGUUCCUCCGACGAGCUUAGGAAGAAGCUAGGCACCACAGAGAGCACCCAGGUUUUCCAGGAUUUGCAGGAUUACGAUCGGUACCUCGGAGGUAGUAUGUUGACCUGGUCAUUAAAUUUGGUUGUCGGGCGCUGUCAGUCCGAGAGAUAAUACCUGCAAGUCUUGGAUCUUUAGAGGCAGUGGGUAUCCCGCCAUCUCUGUGAGCGUUUUGAAGGAGAGGGAAGGCCGUUGGAUCUUUAGUCUCCCCUUUCCUCCUGGUGGGCGUUGAAUUCUUUUCACCAAACCCGCAGUUUGCCGGCGGCUUUGACGUCGUGUCCCUCCCACAACCCAUUGGAGAAGGCAGCGACCGAGCCCUCUUCUCCGCCGCCACCUUCCCCUCCUCAAUUCGCCGCCUAUUUCUCCCUCUACUGUGCUCGAGGAGACCCCUUGGGGCUUCCCUUCGGAACUCUGUGCCAUGCUUCUCCUCCUCCUCCUCUUCUCUCUCUUCGCCGGGAUUCCCCCGGCGCUGAGCGACCUGCGAGAGUACGCCGAUUGCCGGCAUCCUCUCCGUCUGCUCUGCGGCGUGUGGAAAUUCAACAUCAGCUACCCCUUCACGGCGGCGGGGCGGCCGGAAUACUGCGGCUUCGGGGAAAAGUACAGGGUGAGAUGUGUAGAUGACGCUCUGGUAGUCGAGAUCAGCGGGAAGAACUACCUCGUCAGCGAGAUCAACUACGAAACCAACGUCCUCAGCGUGGUGCCGAAAGAUAGUUGCCCCUUACUUGAGCUCGUCUCCCUGGACCUGGGCUCUCUUUUCGAGUACGCCUCCAGCAAUCUCAACGUUACGCUCUACAACUGUUCGAUAACAGAACGUCUCCAGCAGCAAAGGUUCGCUUGCCUUCCCUUCGCGGAGAGCGAGUUCUACCUCGUUCUAGAUGACCCUCUGGCGGAGAGUCCUGCCAAGGAUCCGUCGUGCAACUCGAUGGGUAGCGUACCAGUACGAAGGGGGCCCGUUGAAGUGCCGAACUUGGACCCUUUUUUGUGGUUCGACGUGAGGUGGAAGGCGGGGGAGAGCUGGUGCAGGGACUGCGUCGACUCUGGGGGAGUCUGCGGGUACAAUUCCUCCCAGUCCGAUGCGCAGUUCUGCUACUGUAAGGAAUCCUCAUCCUUGGGCAGAUGCACAGAGACUAGAGAUAAAGGUACGCCCCCUCUGAGACUUCUAUCUCCACCACCGUCGUCGUCGUCGUCGUCUUCCUCCUCCGCCUCCUCCUCCUCCUGCUCUUCGAGCCGUUUCGCUUCCUCCCUCUCUUUUAGUGGACGUCGUUUAGGCCUCUCGGGUGCUUGCCCAUCAGCUGAAAGUCCACCUUGUGCGAGCUUCUGGCUGACUCCGGCGUUGAAUCUGGUGAGCUUCUGCUUCCCCUUCUGUCCUCGAGUUUUAGGUAUUCCGUCAAUCAUUUGGAUGCCCCGGGGGGCCUUAUGUCUCCUCUCUCUCUCUCUAUCAGCCCGUGUUAGCUAGCAGUCCAUGUUGGAUCAGACAUGUUCAGAAGCCUCUAUCCACACCACAACCUCUCUCUUUCGAUCACUCACUCUUCUUCUUCUGAGAAGAAAGAUGGCCAAGGAUUCAAAAGGAAGCGGGUCAGCACCUGCCAAGCGUGACCAGAUCAAGCGUUGACUUCGCCGUGCCCACCAGUCUGCUUGCUUCAUAAAAAUCUAGGGCAAGGUCACCUCAGAUUCGAUUUUGUCCGUGCAAAGGGGGUACUUUCGCUACUGGUGAUCGGACGGUAGCGUUUCAAGCCCUACUGCAAGCAAGGUUUGACUUUGGAACUAGCCGCCGGGUUUCAUGGUCGGAGUCCCACCUGUUAACGUCACGCCUUCAACCACGAGCAGCAUCAGCCACAGAAAUCUGAGGAAGAAGUCCCCCGUGUCCUCCCUCCGCCCAUUACCUUCCUCUCCCCUUCUCUUCUUCCCCUGGAAUGGAUUCAUCGAGCCUGCCCACUGAUUCUCCUCUGCAGAUGAAGAUGCCCACUCUGACCGCAUGGUCAAAACUAACAGAGCUCUCCCUGAGGCUCGCCCUCUCCUCUUUCCUCCUCUCCUCUCUGGCCUGGGCCGCUGACCUGCCGCCGGACGACUGCUUGCCGAGGCACUGCGGGAAUGGGGUCAACGUGAGUUACCCUUUCUGGCUGGACGGCUUCCAACCUUCCCACUGCGGUUUUCCUUCUUUCAAGCUCACCUGCCGGGCAGAUUUCCCAGUCGUCCGCAUCUUCGAAGAUGAUUACCACGUUCGGAACAUCUUCUACCGCAACCAGUCGUUCCUCGUCUCCAACGUUGGCCUCUCAAGCUCAACCUGCUAUGUGCCCCGCGAUAAUCUCUCGAUUACCGCCACUCCCUUCUCCAUCGUCCCGGCCCAGAGCAGCCUCUUCUUCCUCCUCGACUGUGAGCCGAAUUCGCAGCCUCCUGGUUACGUCCCCAUCAAUUGCCGUAAUGGAAGCAAGGGCCUGUCGUUCGUCGGUAGGGAUCAAGUGAACGCAUCGGCCUGUAAAUCUGUCAUUAGCUUCCCUAUAGUUGGCCUGGGGGAUGGCGGCCUAGAGAAGUAUAAUGAUGCCCUGGAUAUCCUGAAACCUUUGUCUUUCUCUCUCUAGUUGCAAAUUGGACCUGGGUUCUGUACUGCAGAUUUAUUUUUUUUGUAUUUACUUAACGAAGUCGUGUGUUCUUCCAGCUGAUUAAGCUCUGUGCUUUGAAUCAGGGAAGAAAGGUGUUAAGAGACUUUAACAUCGUAGAAGCAGCGAAUGGGACUGGUAAGGAAGUUAUCAAGAAUUUUACUGCCCUUGUAGAGGGCAGCACAUUGGAGAUCCAUUUCAAGUGGUCUGGCAAAGGAACGAAUGUCGUUCCGUAUAGAAGUGUCUACGGGCCUCUUAUAUCAGCAAUUUCAGUAACACCGAGUAUAUACAUGAACAUGUUUUCUGCUCUCCUAUUACCAUCUGAUUGGUUGAUUCUAAUUAUUUUUUUACAUUGUAGAUUUCAAGAACAAAAAGUUUCCAGUUGGCACUAUCAUUGGUAUUGCUAUCGCUUCAACAAUAUCAGUGAUGAUGUUGACCAUGGGUAUCAUAUGGUUUUGCUUCAGGAGGAAAGCCAUUAGGAACGAUGGUGAGAUUCCAUUUAAAUUUAUCUCUAAAUAUAUGGGGUACAUGAAUCGGUGUAUCUAAAGAAAUCUUUGAGGCAGAUCUGCACGAGGCAAGUUUUGACUCUUAUCCUCUGUGUCAAAAAUUAAACUAGCCGUUUUUGCUUAUGCUAUCUUUUUUUGUAUAGAUCGUUGUAAAGGAAUCCUCAUAUCUGAUGCGAACAUAGCCAAAUCUGCAGAUAUAUAAUUUUUACUCGCAGUACUAUGUGCCAUCUGUGUAGAGAAUUUUAAAAUAAAGCAGCGGAACUUUCUGCAGUUUUGUUUUUCUUUUUUGCAACUUGUGGGGCUAUCAAGUGCACUUGAAUGAAAAGCGAAGAGCAUGGUGUUGAGUUUCGGAUGUCCUUAGAACGGCAUUUCAACCAAUAUGUCCAAGUGAUAUCAGAGACUGUUGUCCUGAUAUCUUUUUUAAUGGACCAUUCUUGUUAUAUAGCUCAAACGUCCUGGAUGGCCGAAAAGUUCAUCAAUCCCUAAACGGAUUGAUGUUCAAGGGGGUUCCUUCCAUAUUGCUUAGCUUGUGCACAAUCCUAGUUCUAAUGAAAAGAGUAGACUCUUAGUGUUUCUUCUGGUCGUUGACCUAGCAGUUGUUUAUGGUUUAAUCGAUGCGACGAAAGAGUGGCCAUCAGAUGGUCUGCAUUGGUAGGAGUGACGAAUAUUUAUUCUGAAGACUACUUGAGUAACAAAAAUGUACGUAGUAAUUUAUUGAGGAUACUAAAUUAAACUGAAGAGAACAUCGUACAUAGACUUCGUCAUAAUCUGA